UUCGGUUUUGGUUUUCCUCUUGCUUAGCCAAGUUAGCUGGCUGAAAAACUCAUUUUGCCUACAAAGCACCACAUUAGGCCAUACCAAAUAGCGAUUGCAAUGCACCUAUGCGUGGCCCUGUGGGUCUGCGGAGUCCUCCUGGUGGUGCUUCUCGGCUGGCAGCAACGCAAGUGCUGGCGCCUCAUCUGGCAGCUCAAUGGCUGGCGGGGAGUGGUCCAACAGCCGCUCCUCUGGUUUCUCCUCUGCAUCAACCUGCAUCCAAAUAGCAUUCUGGAGAAAGUCACAUAUUUUCGGGUAUUCUUUAAGCGUCCCAUGGCUGUUCUCUUGGGCACCCGUGUCCUGGUUUAUAUAGACGAUCCAGCGGGCAUGGAGUGCGUACUAAAUGCACCCGAGUGUCUGGACAAGACCUUUCUGCAGGAUGGCUUCUUUGUGAAUCGCGGUCUGCUUCAUGCCAGAGGCCAGCAGUGGAAGCUGCGCAGGAAGCAGCUUAAUCCCGCCUUCAGUCACAACAUUGUGACCAGUUUCUUCGAUGUCUUCAAUUCGGUGGGCAAUCAGAUGAUUGAACAAUUUGCCACAUUGCCUCAUCUUCAUGGAAAGUCGGUUAGUUUUACGGAUGCCGAGGAUAUGCUCAGUCGAGCCGUUCUGGAGGUGUCUUGCUUGACCAUAAUGGGUACGCCCACGAACUUUACUCAGAUCGAUGAUGAUCACAUUGCGCACAGCUAUAAGAGACUCCUGGAGAUAUCGGCCGUUCGGGUGGUGAAACCCUGGCUCCAGAGUGAUUUACUGCAUCGCCUCCUGGAACCGGAACUAUAUGCAGAGUCCAAGAAGAACUGUCAGCUUCUGGAGGAUUUUGUGGGUGGAAUUGUAAAGACCAAGCAUCGCAAUUGGCGGCUGAGGGAUGCCGUGGGUGCGGAUGGACCUGGGGAGGAUUCCUCCUCGGGCUGGCAGCGACGCAUCUUCAUCGAGCAGAUCUUUCAGUUGGCCGCCAAUGGGGAAAUGACGCUCGAGGAGAUUAUGCACGAGGCCCAGUCCAUGGUGCUGGUGUCCUUUGAGACGGUGUCCAAUAGCAUUAUGCUGGCAUUGCUGUGCCUGGCCACGCACAAAGGUGACUGCCAGGAGCGACUCCGAGCGGAGAUUGCCGCCGUGGUGCCGGAUACUAGGGGACAUGUGGGCCUGGAGCAGUUGCAACAGCUACGCUAUCUGGACGCCUUUGUCAGUGAAUCGCUGCGUCUGUUGGCCACCGUCCCCAUGAAUCUGCGCCAUGUCAGCCGGGACUUUCGCCUGGCCGGACGGGAUGCCAUUGUGCCGCAGAACAGCAUCGUGGUGCUGGACACCUUCAAUAUGCAGCGGGAUGAACGCUGGUGGGGUGCCAAUGCCAAGCAGUUUGAUCCGCAGAGGUUUCUCGACCAGGAUCAGGAGCCAGGAGAGACUCCAUCCUCAGGAGAGCCACGAAAACAGCGGGAUAGGCGGCAUUCCUACAGCUUUCUGCCCUUUUCCAAUGGUUUGCGGUCCUGCAUAGGUCGUCGCUAUGGCCUCUUCAUCAUGAAGGUCUUCCUGGUCAAGCUGAUUGCCAACUUUGAUUUUCACAGUGACUUUCAGUUGGAAAAACUGCAGUUCGUUGAGAAUAUAUCACUGAAGUUCAAGAAUGUAGAUGAUAUUCACUUGUCCAUCCAACCUCAUCUUGUGUCCUAAAAAU